AUGGGAUGUGUCAAUAGCACGUACACUCCUCCUCGAAAUCGAACCAGAAACCGAAACCGGAGUCGCCAUGUUGAUAGGUUGAAAGAUCAGUAUGCAAACAGUGAUUCUGCAAUCAAAACAAUUAUCACCCAUAAAAAGAAUUAUUCAUCUAAAGAAUCAGAAGUGGAGAGUAAGAAGAGACCUCUGAGUGUGAAGACUACUACUUCAGGUGACAAUACCGGAGGAGGAGGAGGAGGAGGAGGAGGAGGAGGAGGAGGAGGAGGAGGGGAUGAUGAGAAGAUAAAGGAUGUUGCUAGAGAUAUUGAUGAUGAUAAGUCUGAAGGGGAGGAAGAAGAGAACAAGAAUAAUAAUAUUGCAAGCUAUGAAGUUAAAGUGGGGGAUGGUGAGUGGCCCAAAUGGCUGGUUGAUAAUAUCCCUAAAAAUGUUUUGGCUACAUUGAUUCGCAAGACUGCUGAUUCCUAUGAGAAAUUAGGAAAGGUAGGACGUGGAACAUAUAGUAAUGUAUAUAAAGCUAGAGAUAAGGAUAGUGGAAAAAUUGUUGCUUUGAAGAAGGUAAGAUUUGACACUUCAGAUUCUGAAAGUAUCAAGUUUAUGGCAAGAGAGAUUAUGAUAAUACAAACGCUGGAUCAUCCUAAUGUCAUCAAACUUGAAGGACUAGCAACAUCAAGGAUGCAAUAUAGUCUUUAUUUAGUCUUUGAAUACAUGCAAUGUGACCUUACUAGAGUUAUCUCUCGUCCUGGAGAAAGACUCUCUGAACCACAGAUCAAAUGUUACAUGCAGCAGCUACUUUUGGGACUCCAGCAUUGUCAUGAGAGGGGAGUCAUGCACAGAGAUAUUAAAGCUUCUAAUUUGUUAAUAGAUAAAAGAGGGGUGCUAAAAAUUGCUGAUUUUGGACUUGCUAAUUCUUUAAAAAUUAAACCUAAAGGACCUCUUACAAAUAGGGUUGUGACACUUUGGUAUAGAGCUCCUGAACUUCUUUUAGGUUCAACUGAUUAUGAUUAUAGCAUUGAUAUAUGGAGUGUAGGUUGCUUAUUGGGUGAGAUGUUUGUUGGAAGACCAAUUUUGCCUGGAAGGACAGAGAUUGAACAGAUUCAUAUGAUAUACAAAAUUUGUGGUUCACCUCCAGAGGAUUACUUGACAAAAAUGAAGCUAAAGACAAGCUUCCGUCCACCACAUCGGUAUAAAGCUAGUUUUGAAGAAAAUUUUAAGGAUUUCCCUUCAUCUGCCCUUAAUCUCUUGACUACACUGCUUGAUUUUGACCCCCAACUUCGUGGUACUGCUGCCUCUGCCCUUGAAAGUCAAUUCUUCAAAUCUCGUCCAUUAGCAUGCGACAUUUCAGAAUUACCGGUAAUAAUCAACAAAGGUGACAAUGAACGAUCUCAAAAUAAGAGACGCAAAAGGCGCAAAGGUUUGAAAAAAGGGCAACUAUCUAAAAGAAGUGCAAGCCAUUCAAACCUGUCAGGGAUGAACCAAGCUGCUGAACAAUUCAAGACAGAUUCAGAAGUAUCAAAAGAGGAGAAGAGUAUAGGACAAAACAUGCUAGGACCAGAGACAGGGAAUAGUGGAAGCAGCAGCAAAUCAUCAUCAAUAUUUACUAGCGAAAGGAGCAUGAAUGCAUCUAUAUCCCCAGUUUUUCUCUCUAGCAGGAAAAUAUCCCCCAAAACUGAAGGUCAUCCUAACGCUCUUAAGAAUAUAAAGAACUACACACUCUUACAAGCAUCUAUACUUGAUAUGAUCAACCCCAAAGAAGGCAACGAUUUUGGUCAGUUUCGUAGGUCCUUCUCUACAUUGGAUUUUCGGCUUGAUCCAGAGAAGCUGUCAAGUCUCUAUAGAGCAAGUAGUAAGUUGGACAAGGAAGUUUGACUCUUUUUCAUAAUUUACAUGGUCUAAAGUUUCUACAUUUUAGUUCUAAUACCAUAGUAAUGGCGGGGGAAAUCAAGGGAUUGAAAGCAGAGGACCGCCACUCAAAUACAUGUGCCAAUUGAUAGUAUGGAAGUUGGUUAAAAGUCAAAAGUCCAUGGUAUCCCCUGCCAUAUCCAUUACGAUUACUUUGUACUUCUUUACAUAAUCAUCGAGAUUCUUUUCUA